UAAUAUUAACACAUCAAUUGCAGGAAACCAAUAGUUGCAGAAAGACACCAUAACUUCACACACACACACACACACACACACACACACACACACGUGUGUUCACACACGCACACACACAAUCACCACACUAAAUGAACAAGAAGAUAGAUACAGUGUAUUAUGUAUGUGCGUGUGUGUGUAUUUUAAAUGCGGUUGAGUAAUGAACAUGAAAGCAUUGCCGCGAUAUGGGGAAAGCAAAGAUUGCUGUAUUUGCUCAUCAAAAAGCAACCCAAUUCAUUCAACACUUCAUCAAUCUCGAAGAUACCCUUUUUCUUACUCAAUCUUUUCUCUUCUUUUAACCCAUCUUUCUUGAUCACCAAUUACAAGAUUUGAUACUUAAAACCCUAGAAAAAUUUGAAAUUUUUUUGUGGGUUUUGUUUGGUUUGUCGUGUUCACUGUUUGAUUGAGUUGAAUCUUGUUACGACUGCUUGAAAUCCCCUAAUUUUUAGGGUGAAAUUGAUGCUUGAUUUUGAUGUUGGGAAUUUGGGGAUUAGGGUUUGGAUCUUCUGGAUUAAUUAGGAAAAAAAAAGUGAAAGUCAUACUUGUUUCUUUAAUUGAAUUGGAUAUCUGAUUUGUUGUGAUAUGUUUGAUUAUAGUGAGAAACAGGAUCUGUGUAAAUAUUAUUUAUAAUUUUAUUUCUCCUUUGAGAUGCUUUCUGAUUCCAAAGGAGACUUUUUAUUCCUUGUAUGAAUCUUACCUUUUUACAAAAAAAAAAAAAAAAAAAAAAAUACAUAAAAACCUUUAUCUUAUACUUAACUUCCAACACUUUGUGUAACAGCCACAAAACCCAACUUGAUUUUCAGCUUUUGGGUUACAAAUAAGUCUUUUGUGUUUCAAGAAUCGGGUUAUCGGAUCCUUUUUAGUUGGAUCUUCGAAUUUGGAUCUUGUCGGAUCCAUCGGAAUGGCGGAUGGUGAUAACAUGUGUUGCCAAUGUGAAAUCAGAGUUUCUGAGUAUUGUAAAGAUUGUGCUAAUAUUGAUAUUACACAAAAUGUCGGCGAUGAUAAAGUCGAUGCUUCCGAUUCAUCCCGCCAAAGCCCCGAUCCACCGUCGUUAAAUUGCAUUGGCGAUCGGUUCGAUGGGCGGUCAUUGCAAGCAGUAUCCGUACGCCUCGCGGCAGCCAGAAGUGACGAAGAUGAAGCGGAGGAUUCGGCAAAGAACUUUUUCAGUCCGUAUAGUCUCGAUACAUCGGAUGUAGAUUCAAGUAGUGUUAGUACUAGACAUGAGUUUAACAGUUUUAUGUCGGUCGGUUCGAGCCCGUCCGACAGUCCUUCGAGGAUUCAAAUUGCGUCGAAUAGGAUUAGAAGCUGUGUACAUUCAGAUGAUCAAGGAACACCGAGAUCAUCAAACGACGGUUCGUUCGAUCAAGAACAACACAUGGCUGUUUUAAAAAGCCAUGAACACGGGAUGUACGAUGAUUUUUCUAUAUUUAACGAGCGAUGUGAGAAGUCACGUAAGCCGUUAGAUUUCGAAACCAAUGAUCGGAUCUGGUUUCCUCCACCACCGGAUGACGAAAACAGUGAAACAGAUAACAAUUUCUUUUCGUAUGCUGCGGAUGACGAUGAUGAAGUUGGAGACUCAAAUGGUGAGUUUUCUGUUAGUGAAAGUCUAAUGACGGAUAAACCGAAUGAGGAACAUCAGGAGCCGUUGAAAAGUGUAGUCCAGGGGCAUUUUCAGGCUCUCGUGUCGCAAUUAUUGCAAUCGGAGUUCAACUCAACGGAAAAGUGGCUUGACGUAAUUACGUCGUUAGCAUGGCAAGCUGCGAACUUUGUGAAACCGGAUACAAGUAGAGGUGGAAGUAUGGAUCCCGGUGAUUACGUAAAGAUUAAAUGUAUAGCAUCCGGAAGUCCUACUGAGAGCAUAUUUGUGAAAGGUGUAGUUUGUACAAAGAAUAUUAAACACAAACGAAUGACUUCACAAUAUAAGAACGCAAGAUUACUUAUGAUAGGCGGUGCACUUGAGUACGAUAGGUCACAAGAUCAACUAUCGUCUAUCGAGACACUACUUCAACAGGAAAUGGAUCAUUUGAAGAUGAUCGUUUCAAGAAUCGAAGCUCAUCGUCCAAACGUGUUAUUGGUGGAAAAGAGUGUAGCUUCAUACGCACAAGAGUAUCUUUUAGCCAAGGAUAUCUCUUUAGUUUCGAACAUUAAACGGUCGUUAUUGGACCGUGUAUCAAGAUGCACCGGUGCUCCCAUAACUCCGUCGAUAGCUCAUAUUUCCACAGCACGGUUAGGCCAAUGUGAGCUAUUUAGAUUGGAAAAAGUCUCGGAAGAACACGAAAUCGCCAACCAAUCCAACAGGAAACCUUUAAAAACUUUAAUGUUUUUCGAGGGUUGUCCUAGGCGUUUGGGUUGCACAGUCUUGCUAAAAGGCGCAUCUCGUGAAGAACUAAAGAGAGUCAAACAUGUUGUACAGUAUGCAAUCUUUGCAGCUUAUCAUUUAUCGCUCGAAACUUCUUUCUUGGCAGAUGAGGGUGCUAGUCUACCUAAAAUGACUAAAAUGCCCUUCGUAGUCGAAUCAGAAGCGACAAAAGAUGACAGUUCUUUGUCUAUUUUAGAAGUUACCGAGGAUCAAAGCUUUUCCCCCGUGGAGGAUAGAGACGUUGAAAUAGUUUCUAGUUUAUUAGACAAUGAUCUAGAAGCUUCUGAAGAUCAAGAAGAGAUAAAGAUUGAGAAAACCGAAGUGAUUGAUGCUUCGGAUGAAUAUUAUUCCGCCGCCGAUAAUCAUCAGAGUAUAUUAGUAUCGUUUUCUAGCCACUGUGUGUUAAAUGGAACUGUAUGUGAACGCUCGAGACUAUUGAGAAUUAAAUUCUAUGGUUUGUUUGAUAAACCACUUGGGAGAUACCUUCAAGAUGAUCUUUUUAAUCAGACAUCGUUGUGUCCGUUUUGUAAAGAACCAGCCGAAGCCCAUGUGACAUGCUACACUCACCAGCAGGGCAAUUUAACAAUUAACGUUAGACGGCUUCGGUCACUAAAACUAUCUGGGGAAAAAGAUGGAAAAAUAUGGAUGUGGCACCGUUGUUUAAGAUGUACCCCGGUUGACGGGGUCCCGCCCGCAAAUCACAGAGUAAUCAUGUCUGAUGCCGCUUGGGGUCUCUCACUAGGGAAGUUUCUAGAACUUAGUUUUUCAAAUCACGCAACGGCUAAUCGUGUUGCUAGCUGUGGCCAUUCUCUUCAACGAGACUGCCUUCGAUUCUACGGAAUGGGGAAUAUGGUUGCGUUUUUCCGCUACUCUCCUAUCGAUAUUCUUUCCGUUCAUUUACCUCCACCUGUUCUUCAAUUUGGUUACCAUUUUCAACAAGAUUGGUUAAAGAAAGAAGUUGCAGAGCUUUUGAACAAGUUAGAAGCUUUAUACGAAGAGUUGCUUCAUGUGCUAAACGGGAUUGAAGCAAAGAAUGAGUUACCCGAUUCAGACGAGUUAAGUAACCAUAUUGGCGAGUUAAAGGAUCAGCUAAUUAAAGAAAGAUACGAUUACAUUGAUCUGCUUCAAUCUUGUGGUGAAGAAAACGGGACUGAAAUUGACGUUUUUGAACUUAACCGUUUGCGACAUUCACUUAUGAUCGAUAUGCAUUUCUGGGAUCGGCGAAUCUCUUCACUAAAUCUCUACGGAAGAACUUCCAAGUUGAAACCGAAUCACGAUUCUUCAACAUGUAGAAGCGAUUCCAUUCCCGAGGACACCGUUUACUCGUUGGAACCGGAAUCGAAUCAAACCGAACAAAACGAAGGAUCUGAUAAUGUUUCUGAUUCACUAUCAACGUCUUAUGAUCUCUGCAAAAAGGACGAAAUUCAAACCGAUACCGACCACGUGUCAUCACUGGAACGCGCUCCGUCAGCAGCAUCAGUCUUAUCAGAUAAAAUCGACUCAGCAUGGGCCGGAACCAGAUCUUCGAAUCCAACCGCAAACCAUCUUCUCAGUAGGCUAUCUCCGUCACCUGUUCGGGUCUAUUCGUUCGAUUCUGCAAUUCGACAGCAAGAAAGAAUUAAAAAAGGAUCACCGUUACAUCUUUCGACACUUCGAUCUUUUCAUGCUUCGGGAGAUUACGUUCAUAUGGUUAGAGAUCCGGUUCAUAACUUACAAAGAAGAUGUUAUUCACAAGCGUUUCCCGGUGAAGAUAAUAAUAAUAAUAAUAACAAUACUAAUAAUCUUGAUUUCUUGCUAACCACCCGACCGACUUUCCUUCCGGAAGGUGCACGUUUAAUGAUUCCGAACGGUGGUCAACGAGACAUAGUAAUGGCGGUUUACGACAACGAGCCCACUAGUAUAAUCUCGUACGCUCUUACGUCAAAAGAACACCAAGAUUGGGUCACCGAUAAGAUUAGUCUCAGUCGAAAUAGUUCGGUUGCUUCAAGCAUGACAACGUGGCAGUCGUUUACAACCAUUGAUCAAGAUUACACUCAUUACGGAAGCUACGGGUCAGAAGACCCGUCAUCUGCAAUCGGGCCGUUGUUCAUGGAUCGAAAAAGCUCUAAUCAUGUAACCAUUCCUUUUGAGGAUGAAUCUGGUGCUGAUGGGAAGGUUAAAUUCUCGGUGACGUGUUAUUACGCUAAACAGUUUGAUUUGCUUAGAGAGAAAUGUUGUCCGAAUGAAAUGGAUUAUGUUCGGUCGUUAAGCCGUUGCAAAAGAUGGAGUGCACAAGGAGGGAAAAGUAACGUUUAUUUUGCGAAAUCUUUAGAUGAACGGUUUAUAAUAAAACAAGUUACGAAAACUGAACUUGAAUCGUUCGAAGAAUUCGCACCGGAAUAUUUUAAAUAUUUGAUGGAUUCUUUAAACUCGGGAAGUCCGACAUGUCUAGCAAAGAUCUUGGGAAUUUAUCAGGUGACAGUUAAACACUUAAGAGCUGGGAAAGAAGCAAAAAUGAAUGUUUUGGUGAUGGAAAAUGUGUUUUUUAAGAGAAAUAUUUCGCGGGUUUAUGAUCUAAAAGGGUCAUCAAGGUCUCGUUACAACUCAGAUACAACAGGAACGAAUAAAACGCUUUUGGAUAUGAAUUUAUUGGAAGCGUUGCGUACAAAUCCCAUAUUUCUUGGAAGUAAAGCUAAGAGAACCCUCGAAAGAGCUGUCUGGAAUGACACUUCCUUCUUAGCAUCGAUUGAUGUGAUAGAUUACUCGUUGCUAGUUGGAGUGGACGAGGAAAGGAAAGAACUUGUUUUGGGAAUCAUUGAUUUCAUGAGACAAUAUACAUGGGACAAGCAUUUAGAAACAUGGGUUAAAGCAUCCGGGAUCCUAGGCGGGCCGAAGAACGCUACACCAACCAUUAUUUCUCCAAAACAGUACAAGAAAAGAUUUCGAAAAGCGAUGACAAGUUAUUUUCUAACCGUCCCGGAACAAUGGUCAUCAUGAAAAAGGGUGAUCAUGGGAUAAGAUAAAGAUUGUAACUUUAUAUGUACUUUAGGGUAGAUUUUACCCUUUGAUAGGUUAAAUUUUGUAUACAAAUGUACUUGGUUAAAAGCUCAUUGGCUUUAUAUCACCAUUGAAAGAAGUUGUACAUGUACAUGUGCACAUGGGGUAGCCUUUGUCAAGACUUUCUUUUUUGAUAAUGGAAUCACAAAAAUGGACCCUCAA